GGUUGCCAUUUCCAUUCCGCAAUUUUAAGCAACCUUGUCAAAAUGGUGUUGGAAAGCACGAUUGUUUGUGUUGACAACAGUGACUACAUGCGUAAUGGAGACUUUGUCCCAACUCGACUACAGGCACAGCAAGACGCUGUAAAUCUUGUUUGUCUGUCAAAGACGAGAGCUAAUCCAGAGAAUAAUGUGGGUCUACUGAAGAUGUCUGAUGUUGAGGUUUUAGUGACUUUAACAACGGAUGUUGGACGUAUUCUCGCCUCCCUGCAUCAAGUUCAACCCAGAGGCAACAUCACAUUCAUCACUGCAGUCAGGGUAGCUCAUUUGGCACUGAAACAUCGCCAAGGGAGAAACCACAAGCUGAGGAUUGUUGUUUUUGUUGGAAGUCCAGUGGAGGAUGAGGAUAAGGAGCUGGUGAAAAUGGCAAAGAAGUUGAAGAAAGAGAAAGUGUCAGUUGAUGUUAUCAACUUUGGUGAGGAGGGAGUGAACACUGACAAGCUGACUACAUUCAUCAAUACUAUCAACGGAAAGGAGGGAACAAGCUCGCAUCUGGUGACUGUUCCCCCAGGACCAAUGUUGUCGGAUGCUCUCCUCAGCUCACCCGUCAUUGUUGGGGAAGAUGGUUCCGGUGUUGGCAUCAGUGCAGCUGGGUUUGAAUUUGGUGUUGAUCCUAAUGAAGAUCCUGAACUUGCUCUCGCUCUGCGUGUGUCGAUGGAGGAACAGAGAGCCCGGCAGGAGAGGGAGGCACGGGACACUGCCACACAGGCUGUGAUGGAGACCGGCACCCAGGGGUCACCAGCUACAGAGGGUGGGAACCCUGAGGAGGUGCUUCUGGAGAAAGCAAUUGCCAUGUCCAUGCAGACGGAUGAAGCCACACCCACUCCUACCAGUGGCAUGGACUUUGGAGCCAUGUCUGAGGAUGAACAAAUAGCAUAUGCUAUGAGACUUUCACUUAACACAGAAGGAGGUAGUGAAGGAAACACCCCUGCCCCAAUGGAGGUGGAGGAGGACACAGGUGGCAAAUCUGCCGCUGCUGCCACUGAGAAGAAGGAUGCGGAUGAAGAUUACUCAGAAGUCAUGAAUGACCCAGCCUUUUUACAAAGUGUGUUAGAAAAUUUACCAGGGGUUGAUCCAAACAGCGAGGCUAUUCAGAAUGCAGUCAGCUCGUUAACAAAUAAAGAUGGUACAAAGAAGGAAGAUGGAAAAAAAGACAAGGAUGCCAAAUGAGUUGGGACAUACUGUGACAUUAUACAUUGUUAUCAUUUGAAAGUUCAGAAUACAACAUCACCUUGCAGCCAUUUAUGCAAAAUUGUACAAUUCUUACUUUUUAGUUGCCUUGUGUGACUGAGUCAGUGUGAACAUAGCCUCACUUGCUGAGUU